AUGCGAGAGUUUGAUAAAGAAGUGGGGAUUAAACUACUAACAUCUACGCCUAAUUAUGCCCAGGCAAAUGGUCAAGUCGAAGUAGCGAACAAGUUGGUUAUUGGAUUCAAAAAAAUCACGUGGGGGAAGAAACCAGAGAAUUGGCAUAAUACAUUAGACCAAAUAUUAUGGGCUUGUCGAACUUCCCCUAAUGAGGCUACAAACACUACACCUUUUCGGUUGAGUUAUGGGCAUGAUGUAGUUUUAGCUGUCGAAAUUUACCUCCAAUCAACUAUAGUCCAAAGACAAAGUGAAAUCCCGUAUGAGUCUUAUUGGAAUACGAUGUUGGAUGAGCUGGUUGAUUUAGAUGGUGAGAGAUUUAAUGCCUUAGAAAUCUUGAGAAGGAAGAAAGAGCGAGUGGCGAAAGCGUAUAAUAGAAGAGUAAGGGUUAAGACGUUUUUGACUAGAGAUUUGGUGUGGAAAGUAAUUUUACCUAUGGAUCGAAAAGAUAAGACAUUAGGUAAAUGGUCUCCUAAUUGGGAGGGUUCAUUCCAGAUUAUCCAAGCGUUUUCAAAUAAUGCUUACGAGAUCGAAGAGUUAGCAGAGGAUCAAAGACUCCUAAGAAUGAAUGGGAAAUAUUUGAAGAGAUAUAAACCUAUGCUCCAUGAAUCUAAAAUCUUAACAGAAUAA